GACUACACGUCCCAUGGAGCCUUGCGGGAGAGCCCGGGCUCCCGGAAGACGGCCGCGGCCGGCGGUGGCAAGGCGGCUAGUUCAAGUUGCCAUAGCGGCGAGGUUUCAAGAUACUAAUGGCACACUCAUCCAGUGAUUCAGAUGACUUUCUUAGGGGUCGAAUAGGAAGGCGGCCACCUUUGAGGGCAUCCCUCAACAGAGCUCGGAACUAUGGUGCUGAAGAAGUUACAGAGAAGAUACAUACUUUAGCAAGCACUUUACAGGAUACCAACAGAAAUCUGAGACAUGUUGACCAUUUACUAGGGCAAUACAGAGAAUACAACAAGGAACAAACGGAAGCAAUAGCAACUUUAAAAGAAACACUGGAACAGUCUAUAGGUCAGUUAAGGAGUCAAAGAUUAAACCGAAACUCUGGAAUGAGAAGUGCUUCUCUCUCAAGCUUGUACCCUAGUGAUCUGGACGGAGAAGCAGUGUCAGGGAACCGCCACUUUCUGCCUACUUCUCCUCUCAGGGAUUAUGGAGACUCACAGGAUAGUAGACAUCGAAGGUCUAGAUCUGCAAGCGUUCGAUUUGUCAAUGAGGCAGAUAAUUUGGACCAGCUGCAUUCUUUCCACCAGUCUCUUCGAGAUCUCAGUAGUGAACAAGUUCGUCUAGGAGAUGACAUCAGUCGGGAGCUUUCAAGAAGAAACCGGACUGAUGCAGAAAUGAGAAAAACUCUAGCAGAAUUGUCUGAAAAGCUUACUGAGUCCCAAAGACAAGAAACGGUGUCAGUACGGGUAGAGAGAAGACUUCAGGAGAUAGAACAAGAAAUGCAUGCUGAAAGACAGCUUGUAGAAAGGCGCCAGGACCAACUGGGACAGAUGUCUGUUCAAUUACAAGAGGCUUUAAAGAAACGAGAUGCUAAAGCAGCUGAAACAGAAGAGCUCAUGAAAAGUAAACUUGAGAAAUAUGAAAGUGAAAAGAACCAACUUGAGCAAGAAUUGGAGCAGUCCCGGAAAAAGUUGAAUCAAUCAGAAGGCAAUAGAGAAGCUCUUUUGCAUCAGAUUGAGGAUCUUCGUUCCCAACUUCUGAGAGCAGAAGAAGAUCGUGUAGAGUUGCAACAUCAAAUUUCAUGUGUUGCUAUGCACUGCCAGAGCUCCCAGGAUGUGCAAGAAGAUGAAAGGAGAAUUAGAACAGUUGCUGAAAGAUAUGAGAAAGAAAAGCAAGAACUGGAGAAACAUAUUUUGGAGCUUAAAGCAAAGCUGAAUCAUAAUGCGGUAAUGUCAGAGGUAGAAGAGUUAAAGAGAUGCAUAGAGCGUAAGGACAAGGAGAAGGCACAGCUUUUAACGCACAUAGAGGUGUUAACAUCUGACCUGGAAAACAGGGAGAAGCAACAGCAAAAAAUGCUAGACCAGCUAAAGGAAAUACAGAGUUGCUACAAGGCAUGUGAGAAUGGACGUAGGCAAACUGAACUCCAGUUGGCUGAGUUAGCUCAACAAGUUGAAGAGAGUACCAAGGAAGCAGAACGGUACCUCGCUGAAUUCAGGCAUUCAGAGGCACUCAGGCUAGAGACUGAGAAAAAAAGAGAAGAUUUGAAGGUGAGAGCACAGGAAACCAUCCGACAAUGGAAGUUGAAAUGUAAGAAACUAGAUCGUGAGGUGGAAAAACAAAGUGAAACUAUCAAUGAACUGAUGGACAAGAAUAAUCAGAUCCUCAAAGAAAAGGAUGACCUCAGAAGUCAACUUCUGUCUGCUAUACACCAAAUAGAAAACCUUCGGAAAGAGCUGAAUGAGGUACUUACAAAGAGGGCCCAGCAGGAAGAACAACUUCAUUGCAAAGAAGUAAAACUGAAUGAAAUGAAAUCGCAACAGUUGUGCCUUGAAGAAGAGAUUAAAGAAGUUCAAGGUACUGUAAAUAAAUUGGAGAAUGAAUUGAAAAAGCAAGUCUGUCUACAAAAUCAAAUGCAAGCUGAGAAGGAACACCUGGAGCAAGAACUUGCAACUAGUAACUCAAUUCAUGAAAAAGACCAGGAAAGACUCUUAGAAAUGCAAGCAGAUGUAAAAAACCUGAGUGCCAUACGUGUGGAACUAACAAACAGAGUAGCAGAAGAAGAGAAAGUCAAAAAAGAAUUACAUAAGAGCCUCUCAGAUCUCCAGAAACAACAGGACUCUAAGCAUGAAGAGAUGACUUCAGCUAACAGGCAGUUGAAGAUGGAAAGAGAAGUUCACCAACAGGAGUUAGCAGAUCUUCGAUCAGAGUUACAGAAUGUUAAAAUCAAACAUGAACGAAACAUUCGAGAGCUCAUGAAACUCCUUAAACAAGAAAAGGAUGAUGCAGAUGCUCAGAUUAGAAUGCUAAAGAUGGAACUUGUAGAAGAGAAAAGCAUAGUCAAGACUCAGUGUCGACAACUGGAGAAGAUAAAAAUUGAAUGUGAUAAACUGACAGAAGAAUUAACCCAAAGUGAAGAAGCAAAUAUAAAACUCAGGCGAAAAUGUGAGUUUGUAAAACAAGAACUGGAGAAAAAGAAUAAACAGAUCAGUUAUGAAGAAGAUCAUUUGAGAAGGAUGGAUGAAGUCAGAUUGCAGUUUAAGGAUCAACUGCAUCAUUUAGAAAUGGAACAGAAAUCCAUUCUCACCAUGAUAGGAAGUGAAAUUGAUGCUGCUUGUGAAAUUUUUUCUCGGGAUUCCAUGGAGAAAUUCAAAGCAAUAUCACUUACACCAACGGUGCUGAAUGAUCCUCAUCGCUGGUUAGCAGAAACAAAGACUAAACUUCAGUGGCUGUGUGAGGAGGUGAAGGAGAGAGAAAGUAAGGAAAAAAAGCUGCGAUGCUACUUAUUGCAGAGCCGAGAACAGCUUAAGCACUUUACACAGAUGAAGGAGUCUGAACAUCAGUCUCUCUUUAAACAGAUAAAAAAGCAAGAACAACUUUUGGAAGAAGUUCACAGAGAGAAGAGAGAGCUGUUAGAGAAGACUCUCAGAAGAGAGGAAGAAAUGGGAGCUCUCCAGGAGCGGAUUAUGUCCUUAGAAAUGAGUACUCGAGUUGCUUUAGACCAUCUGGAGUCUGUUCCUGAGAAACUAAGCCUGUUAGAAGAUUUCAAAGAUACUGGAGAGUCCCACUGCCGAAGGGAAAUGAUUGAGGAAAGGUAUACAAAGUAUAAAGAAAUUGUGAGUUCUCUGCGGCAGCAGCUGGAAGAUUCAAAACAAAGAGUCCAACAAUUCAAGGAUGUGGAAAUGGAUGCUGACAUUUCUGAUAUACAAGUGGCUGCUCCCUCUUCUAGUUGGCGAACUCAAAACAGUUUUUUGUCCACCUCGCUGCUCUCAGAAUCAGGUUCACAUUUGAAAAGAAUGGUUCCUUUUGAUACAAGUGCCACCAAGGAAGAUUCCAUUAACGUUGCUGUCAAUGAAAUGAAGCUGCAAGCAGAAAGAGGGAAGCAGUAGAACAUUGUACAAAAAUGCAAAAGCUUUCUCUGUGGUAAAUUCCAUCCCACUCUCACUCUCACUCUUUGAGCAGUAGUAAUUUCAUCUGCUGUAGGAGGAUAUACUCUUAAUGACUCAGCAAUUGCCAAACCCUGCCAAAGUGGAAGAGCCCCAAGAACAAGUCUAAUGAGCUCCUGUGAUAAUUUAUGUAACUUGUGCACCAAAGUGGUUUUGGGACUAUGGUAUCCUCUUACAUCUGUUUUUGCAGUCCUAAACUAAUUUUAUUGUAUCCCUGAAAUAUUAUGAAAUGAAAGAACUGUGAUGUUAAUCUUUGCUAUGAGCGUAUUUACCCCUACACAGGAAUAGAGGACGUUUGUUUUUUGAUAAGAUUUAAUAACACUAUUAAUAAUCAAAAAAUUUUCAGAAAUUACUUUGUCCUAAUAUUUAUUAAAAGAGUCAUUAUGCAGUGUUGUAUAGACACAUUUAUGAUUUCAGGUUCUUCAAUUUGCAACAAUCAUUUAAGGAAGAAGCAAUAAAUAUUGAACAAAACCAAAUUUCCUCAAAAUCAGUGGAAAUUGAUAUGAUGCUUUCAGGUUCAGCAUAUGUCACUUGUAAGCUUUUUAGUGCUAUUCUUCUGAUCAGAAUAGUUUUAUUAGAUUUGGCAAAUCUGACCUUGUGGAACCUGUGGUAAGGCAUUUAACAGCACCAGCAUUUCACCCGUCUGUAUGAAGCACAUUGAAGGGCACUGCCAUGUGGCUGUGAAAAUUUUAAUAGCAAUGUUUAAUGAUCACUUAUUUAUUCUGUUUUCUUCUCUAUUAGAAGAGAUGUCAUAAUGAAUUUAAAAUGUUAUGGAAAUACGAUAUUGCAUGGUUGUAUUCAUGUGGAUGUCUCUAUUUUAAACAAAUAAGGUACAAUUCUGCAUUACUGUGAUCUCAAACAGCACAUUGCAGCAGAAUCUUUUGCUGUCAGAAGAAAUGCUAGUGUUUCUUAUGGUCCUGGUUUUAUUUCCCUUCUUCAGUGCUUCUGGUUGAAUCACUACUGAUGUGCCUUAAAAAAAACCUGCCAAAUCUACCAGAGUACUGUAGCAACAUGAACACCAUUACAACAAUUCUGUUUUGUAUGCUUUUUCAUACUUAAGAAGUGUUUCUCUGAAAAACUAUAUUUUUUAGCACUGUAGAUGCUCAGGUCAUUAUGUGCCACCUGGAAAUAGGACCUUUUUAUCUUUUUAAGUUUCUAAAGAAGUGUUUUGAAGUCCCUCUGGGUUUUGUGGACUUGUCAGAAUGUAUAUGUAUUCAGCCUGUUUCAAACAGAACUUCUUGCUGGGAACAACAAAAUUGGACAAGAAAAUAAGAAAAUAUAGAAUUAAUUUUGCUUUUGUUUUCUAUACAAUGUUUUUGUUUUUUUUUUUUUUUUUCUAACGUGGUUUAAAACAUUUUCUUUACCUUCUGUAUGCGUAUAAUGCUAUGCAUGGUAGUGCUGGCAUUGGCUUUUUGCAGACUUCUGGCACAUCUGUUAAUUCAGAAGGUCAGGAAAGCAAAACAGGCACAUUCAUCUUUUCUGAUCUCAACAGCAAUGACAAGGCCAGGACAAAAAUAAAAACAAAUAAUCUGUUUUGGAGAAGGCAAGACAAACAGAAACCUGUUUGUGUCAUGGUCGACAAAGAGUGUGGAAGUCAUGAAGCAGUGCUUAACUCAGGUCACAGUUACCAUAAACUAAACUUACUUUAAGUGUAUCCAACAUUUGUAAUUUAUUCUUUUUUUAAUUAGAUCAGAGCACAGCUGGAAAUAGACUGUUUAAAAUUUUUAACUGGUUUGGUGAAAUAUUAGAAAAUUGCAAAAUAAAAUGUCACCAGCUUGCAGACUUUAUGGUACCUAAAAAAUAUGGCAAAAAAUAUAGGAAGGUAAUUUUUAAAUAUAUUAUACAACAGUAAAUCAUGCUCUCAAAUUACAUUUUCAAAUGAGUCUGAUGCAUGGAUUGCUGAUGGAUUAAGUGUAUGCCCAACCCACUUUACUGAAGCUGAAAUAGAUUUUGAACUAAAGCACCUGUUGGUAAAUGAAUGAUGGUCUAAGAGUCUCAGAUGAGAAGCAAUAUGAAAAAUAGCAUCCUCUCUUUUUCUUAAGUAAUUUGUAAAAAAUCUGGAUAUUCAUUCCUCUUACCAUUUUAUGUAUUUAUACAUUUUUUCCUCACUUGUAACUCAGAAAUCUGAAAUAUCUUUCCUUAAAACUGCUAGUAUCACUACUACUUUGUAGUGUUUGACAACUAUGGAUAAGCAUUCUGCACUCCCUCACUACUGCAUAAAGUAUUAAAUCAUUUUUUAACAAUGCAGGACAGAAAUGACCGCUAGGCGAAUAAAUUUGGUAUGUUCAGUGCUCAGUAUAUUUGCCUGUAGCUGUGUGUGGGUUUACAGUAGAGGUUUCUUUCCUAUUUAAAAAAUUUUCUAAAAGGAAUAGAAGGGAAGAAACCAAACCACACAAACACACACACACACACACAAAAAGAGGAAUUUUUAAUGAGUAAGCUUAUAGUUUCCAAAGCCAGGAAAUUGUUUCUUAAAUUUACCCUCUUGGCCUGGCAAUCCAGAUAGCAUGUAAUAUUUGUCUCUCUUCCACCUUUGAUAGAGGUUCAUAUUACGAAGUGAAUUUUGUUUCCUUUUUACUGAAGGCUGAAGUUCCAUUCAUGACAUUAUAUGAAACUGUCCCUUUGUGGUUUAAGAAAUAACAUUUUUUCCAUAUUGGACUGAAAUAGUAUUCCUCUGACCAGUUUCAGUUUUUUAAAGUAGAAAACCAGAUCAUUUUUGUAUAAAGCAUAUUGUAUAUUUCAUAUCUUAAAAAUUAUUGUCCUUUCUGGUCAUCAGAACUGAUUUUAACCCUCUAAUGACCUGUUCCUUCAUUCUUGCCUAAAGCAGUAAUUUUCGAUAAUGAAAACAUGUGGUAACCCCACAUAAAUUGGUGUUUUAUUUUUAUUCUGGUCAGUAUUUGGUAAACGAGGUAACUUUGUAUAUAUGUACUAAUUAGUGGAUAUGACAAGCUAAUAGAAGGCAUCCGUGUUGUUUAAUGCUGUCCUGGAACACAGUGGUUCAAUAUAAGGCUUUCAGAAAUGCACUGGACCUUCAUUUCAGCAUCAAAUAAUUGUCACUACAGUAACCUUUAAAUUUUGUAAUGUCUUUCAGUUCUUUAGUGAUGUACAGUAGACUUAAGAGUACUUAUUUUUAAUUACUUUUGAGAAGAUAAUUGCUAAAUAUUUAAAAGAAUUUAUUUUUAUUAUGUAAUUGUUAUCCUAAGAAAAAACUUCAUAAUAAAAGUAGAAGGAGACAGUGUCUGUCCCUUGUGGAGUGAAGUGGAGCAGGACUAAAUUAUGAUAUAAAACAAAGCAAUUUUCUUACAUGUCUCAAAAUUUUCAUAGAAGCCAAUGUUCAGUGAUGGUGAAAGUACUCCUUGAAUAAUCAGACCUCAGCCACAUUACUAGUCUUGUUUCAGCUAUCUCACCAAUGCCAAUAAAGAAGAUAAAAUUCCUUAGAACAAAGGAAAUACUAUUCUUAUAUUCUCUAAAGUCCAUUUUUUUGAGCUAAGGAAUCUACAUAUCAGUUCAUCUCUGGCUUACAAGGCAUAGCGUCUGCACUGUAUAGCACUGAAUGGAUUUUUCAUGAAUGAAAAUGCUGAUGUUACUAUUACAGUAAAGAACUGUGUAUUUUUGUAAUACAGAUACCAUUUUUAUUGCAGCAAAUUAGUAGUUUAAGACCUGAAUACAUUCUCAUACCUAUAAUAUGCAGAAGAAUUCAUUCAUACACUUCUGUAGACUGCUUGUUACAGUGAAAUUUUACCAUGGUUCUGUAAAACUGCAUUAGUAACAUAUUUAUGUCUCUCUAAGCCCUGCCUUCACCUCACAGAAGUAAUUGAUACUGAAGUUAGUGAGAGCUGCAGGUCGGUAUCUGGGGUUGCAGAAGAAUAUAACACACAUUCCGGAUUUUUCAUCAAAUUGAAGACUUUAGAAGCAGAUAUAGAGAAAACCUAGUAGUACAAGGAAUGGGAAGCAGCUUAUGAUUUGAAUUUCAGAACACUUUUGUUCUUGGUGUUUUAAUUUAAGAACUGCUUUAGAACUGGCAUCUGCAUCUAUAUAAAAGCAAUCCCUAAGUAAGAUCCCAUCUUGGAUGAAUUAUUUUCUUUACAUAUUAAAAUAUUUUCCACUCUAGCACAACUCAUCUCCACCUCUUACCGUAAGCAUUAGGAGCUCUUAGGAGCUUUAUUUCUUUACUAUAUAAAGAACUAAAUUAGAUCUUAAAUCUGAAAAACAUAUUAGUACUGUAUACAGAAGUACAGCAGGGCAGAAUCUGAUAACCUUGGUCUUUCAAAAAUCUGAACAUAAUGCCUCUGGGAACGUUGACAACAAAAAUGAAAGAGGUUACUGUGGUUAAAAUACAGCAACUUCCAGCAUUUAUCAUUUGUACCAACAACAAUAGCAGUCGUGUUUCCAAAGCUGAAGUUGCAAAUCUGCCAUUACUUAGCCUGUAGGAAUGAGCCUUUUUUUUCUUGCCAUAAUAGUGGUAAAAUCUGAAAUAUCAUAUGCCUUCAGAAAAUAUGCAGUGACGAUUUUUUUUAAUUUCUCAUCAUUUUAUUUAAGCACCUGUGUGGUACUAUUUCAAACUAAAUAAUCUUGGAACCUGAUUAUAACAUGCUUUCAUUAAAAUAUUAUAUUUAAGUACAGAAACUGUAUGAAUAAACCUCUAUUAGGAUUAAUUCUGCUAUCUUUACUUAGGCAAAUGGAUCCUUAGUUGGUGUUUUGCUUGAAUAACUCAGGAAUUUUUCCUUUGUUUUAUUUUCAUCUGUUGUCAGACCAGAAUUGUUUUUAUCUUGGACUGUUUUUCUCGUCUGUCAUCUACAUUGCACUAGUAUGUCAGAAUACAUAUCAUAAUUUCUGCACUUAAUCCACAUUAAUAGUUUGGUAGUUGAUAUGCCCAGGGAAUGACAGUAAUUAUGAAGGCACUUGUUGCCUAUAACAUCUUUUUUUCCUGUAAAUUCUGCCACUCUUAUUUGUUUGCCAGAAUAAAGUUUACUUGGUAAACUAUUAUCAGAUCACAAGUCUAAUUUUAGAGUUUAUCCCACAGGCAAAAGCAAAUUUAUCUUGCUAGGUUUGUUGAGAUUUUUCUAAGUGUUAUCAUUCAUUUUACUAUCAGUCUGUAGUGGAAAACAGCGGAAGAUAAACAUUACUGUGGUAAUCCUGAAAUAUUAUUAAUUCCAGGCAGAAAAAAGGCCUAAAAAGGACUACAGACUAAUGCAGGAGAUCUGCCUAAGUACAGUGUAGAACCACAAAAUCUCAUAUUACAAAGAAUUUUUCUUCAGUAUGUCAGUGUUAUUACUGACCCUCAGUAGAAACAGUUGCUGAUAUCUAAAAUAUUUUUGAGAAGCAAUACUAAAAUUUGCUAAAGGAGAUCACGCAGUAUCAUUCUGCAAAUGUAGAUUUCUGUGUCACUCACAUUGUUAAGCAAGCAUUAAACUGGGAAGUCAGCCUAAUUUAUGUACUGGCAUUAGGCUAUUCACAGAAACCACCAGUGACCCAGUUUUGGACUUACUGUGGAAAAUGAUGAAGAUGAGCUGUAUUUUACUACUGGCCAAGAGAACAGUUAGCAUCUGUGGAAUAACCUAUUUUGUAUAUGCAGCUCAGUGAGUGCAUCAUUUUUAGUGAGGCCUUCGCCGCCGGGUCCAACACUGACAACACAAUCUCAUCCAAACAGCUGCAACCAUGAAGACAUCAUGUAGCUGGCAGAAUUUUUGUGUAUGUUUUGACUAAGAGAAUGUCAGUAAAUCCAUCAGAAACCAUGGAGUUGUUUGUUUUGUCUUCACCAGAGAGGUCUCUGGUGAAGUCAUAAAGCUAAAAAGCACAGAAUCCAUAGUCAGUGUGAGAUACAUCAGCAGGCUCUCCAGCCAUGGAAUUUGGAUCUGUUAGCAUGCUGUCCACUGUGUGAUUAGAGAUUCAUAUGUUAAUGAAGCACUGAUCAGAAAAGUU